AUGGCUUACCCGUUACCGUUCAAACUUGAUCGUCCUGAUCUCCUCAUCACCGAUUCUUACAUCCAAGGCCAAACCAAACCCGCCCUCUCCGGUUCAACCUUCGACGUACUCGAUCCUGGCACCAAUAAGCCAUGGACAAAGGUCACCGAUAAUUCACCCGAUGACGUCGAUGCAACUGUUCGCGUCGCACACAGGGCAUUCCAAUCCUUCAAGAAAACCUCACCCCGGGCACGUGCCCAGUGGCUUCUUAGAUGGGACGGUCUUAUCCGCGAGCAUAAAGCCGAUCUAGCCACGCUCUUGGUUUAUGAGACGGGAAAACCGUACAUCGAGGCAAUCGGGGAAAUGGACUACUCUUUGACCUUCGUGUCAUGGUUUGCGGGCGAGGCAGAGCGGAUCCAAGGAACGUGCUUUGCCCCGUCCGCACCUGACAGGCGAGUAGUCACUAUCAAACAGCCACUCGGUGUCGCUAUCGCCUUAGUGCCGUGGAAUUUCCCCGUCGCUAUGGUUCUCAGAAAAGCUGCGGCUGCUUUGGCGGCUGGUUGCACCAUGGUAGUCAAGCCAUCGCCCGAAACGCCGGUGACAGCCAUGGCUUUAGCUAAGUUGGCCACCGAGGCUGGAUUCCCGGAUGGUGUUUUGAAUGUCUUACCGACGAGUUUGGAAAACACGCCAUCGCUAAGUGAAGCUCUUUGCAAGCACGAGCUAGUUAAAAAGGUUACCUUUACAGGAUCAACGCGAGUUGGGACCCUGGUUGCGAACCACUGCAGUUCCGGUCUCAAGAAAGUGGUUCUGGAACUAGGCGGCAAUUGCCCUUGUCUCAUCUUCGACGACGCAGACAUCGAAGCUGCUUUACGAGAACUUGUCGGGCUCAAAUGGCGUCACGCAGGCCAAGCUUGUGUCACAGUCAAUCGCUUCCUUGUGCAAUCUGGGGUAUACGACAAGUUCCUACAGCGCUUUACUGAAGAGACUGCCAAGUAUAUCAUCGGCCACGGCGCUGCUGAAGGAACUACCCUUGGACCCGUUACGAAGCCUGAGAGUUUGGAUCGAGCUGAGCGACUUAUUAAAGAUGCUGUUUCGAAAGGCGCUCGAAUUGUCACUGGAGGUAAUCGUGUUUCUCCGAAGGGAGGCGAAGGUGGAUAUUUCUUCGAGCCGACGAUUCUCGCUGACAUGUCGCAUGAUACUCUGAUCUCAUGCGAAGAGUGUUUCGCGCCGAUUGCAGCUUUUUAUAAGUUCGAGACGGAAGAGGAGGCUGUUCAAGCGGCUAAUGAUACACCGAUGGGUCUUGCUAGCUAUGCGUUUACAAAGAAUGUGGACCGUAUCUGGCGAAUGCUUGAGAACCUUGAGGCUGGGAUGAUUGCACUGAACACGGGCAAUUCUUCUGCGGCCGAGUCACCAUUUGGAGGGAUCAAAAUGUCAGGUUAUGGAAAGGAAGCUGGGAAAGACGUAGCUGUGAGCGAGUAUAUGGUCUCCAAGACGGGUACUAUUACAGUCCACGGGCUUAUUUAG